UGACAAGAGAAACCAGGUAACUUGCAGCAGGAAGAAAGUCACCGUGAACCGUCGGCGUAAAAAACAAACAAACAAAAAGACACAAUGAGUGAUUCAGAACAGCAACAAGAGGCUGAGAAGGAGUCCCAGCCUCAGUGGCCUGAGAAUGGAGGAGAGUGGAGUGAUGAAGAGGAUGGGACCAACAUGGACUGUGGGCUCCUGCAAGCCAUGGCUGAGGAAGAUGAGGCGAUAAACGUCCACAAUGAGGAGACGUUUGGAAUGGAUCUGGAUGCCACAGAGGACCCCAGCCUCGAUGUGCGUCAGUUUGGAGAGCCGCUGCCCCCACCACCUCCACCUCCACCAGACCCCAAACCCUCACCCCGCAGAAGCCCCCCCUCCCCUCCCAGACAGAGACCACAAUAUUUCUCCCGGGCUCCUCCAGCGCAGCGCGGCAGAUGCAGGGCGCUGAGAGGAGGGCUGGGCAGGGGGCAGAUGUUUGAAGACCCCGCUGUGAUGAGGACAGUGGAGGGGAGACCCAGCAUCAAGACUCUUGACAGUGCCAUAGUGGACCUCGGGAAUACCAUGUAUCAUAAAACCUUUGACGAUGAUUUUAUGUUACCAUCUUCCACAAAGACUAGAAGAAUCUCAGGAUCAAUACUUCAGGACAGUGCUAUCGUGUGUGUGAUUGAUGGCCACAGAGGGAGAGGGCAGCACCUGACCUCCAACUUCCGGGAUGUGCCGUGUCCCGCCUCUUACUACAGGGGCCGGACAGGGGAGCUCGGAGGAUCUUACUCCAGGAGCCCGUUUGACCUAAGAGGCCCCUCUCAGAUGCAUACGUCCAUGGUAGGAAGAUCACCUAUCUUCUCACGUCAGCCGUUAACCCCACGGCAACAUUACAAUCAGCAGACGGGAGGCUUCAUGAGCUGCCCCUCCACCCCAAAGAUGAUGCAACUUCGCUUCGGUGCCAACUCUCCGAGGCCGUCCGCCUUUUACAGCCCCGCGUCUAAUCCGGUGCAGCAUUUCAGAUACCCCGGUCCCGUCACCAUGCUCCACCCACAACAUAGACGGCUUCUCAGUCAAAAACAACGUAUUUUCCAAAGAAAAACAGAGGACUGGGAUCCUUACUGUAAUCUCAUGACGGCCAAAGAGAAGGAGUGGAUCACCCGGCUGCAGAUGAUCCAGCUGCAGAGUGAGAAUCCAUACCAUGAGGACUACUACUACCAGGAGUACUACCGGCGAAUAGAAGCUAAGAUGGCAGAGGAAGAGCUGGGCACCAGGAGCAAGAGGGAGCCGCCUAAACUCACCACACCUUACAUCACCAAAACUGAUGUUUACGCACCAGUGAAGCACUUUGAAGGCUCUUUGGGUCAGGUUGCUGUGUCCACGUGUUACUCUCCUCGCCGGGCCAUCAGCGCAGUCAAUGCAGUCCAAACUCAGGGCCCGCUCGAGGAAAUGAAAGACAUCAAGCAGCAGCGGUUAGAGGUCCUCAGUAAAAUAGAAAAGUUGUUCAUGGUUCUGUUGGAGGUGGAGGAGGCAGAGAGGAUGAAAACCCCCCUCUUGUCUGAAGCAGAAGAAAGGAAGAUCAUGGAGAAGUCCCAGGGCAAAGUGGAGCACAUCUACUCCCAGCUGCAACAUCACAGCACCCUAGAUUCACGAGUGGAGUUUCUUCCUUUCCUGCUGGUCUCAAAAGGCAAAAGGCUCCUCGCCCGUCUGCUCCCGUUCCUGAAAAAUAAUGCUGCUCUGAAAAUCUUGAGCAUAGUGACCUCUAACCUUCCUGCACUGAUGAGCAGAGAUUCAGAAGAGGCCCUUCCAGUGCUCUACCCUCCUCUUCGCAAAGUGAUUGGAGGCCUGGCGUUCAGUCAGCUGAUCGGCGUCCUCAAAGAGCUGACGACAUACGAGUCUCUGACGCUGGCAUGUCAGAACAAGUUUGGACUGUCCUUGCUGUACGCUCUCCUGUCCCAAGGAGAGAAGCUGCUGUCCUCAGGCAUUCCUCUAGAGCCCAGCAUCGGCGACUUUGAGACAUGGACGGACACAAUCUUCCAGGUGGCGGGACAGCUGUCCGAGUCUUCUCUGGUGGAGCCGCUGCUCAUGCCCUCCAACCUGCUGACCCUCUUCUGCCGUUACCUGGACAAGCGCACUGUGUACCAGCUGAAAAGCAACAUGGAGUCUGCUACUGGAUACCUGGCUCUUGCAUCUUAAGGUGGACGUGAGCUAAAGAGACGUUCAGCUAAUGCCCAGGUUGUGAUGAACACUAGAGUUAUAGGAGAAGCAAAAUGCUGAAAGACUCCUCAGCGUUUAUUCACAAAAGAAGAAUGUACAAAAUGCUUUGAUGCUUAUAUUUUUUCCUCCUCUUCCUUAUCCCUUCACAUUUUUGCACACCGUCUGUUUCCCCUUUUUAUUUCCUUUGUCUGAUCGUGUUACUUUCCUCUCUUUGGUCUCCAGUAGGUUACAGCAUUGCAAGUUAUUCUGAAGUCGCAAACCUGACUUUUCUUUUGUUUUAAUAACAAAUUGCCAUCAUUUCAUGAGAUGUGCCAUAUACUGAGCUGUUAACAUUAACUAGCAGAUGGAGCUGAUUUCUUUAUUUGUAUUCUAUCCGAUCCCCGUUACAUUCAGGACAGGAAACGUACUGAGAUAAAUGUGUUGGAUUAGAUAUUGUGGUGACCAGGUUGAGGAUUGUAUAGUAUUUAAGAUUGUACAGCUGAACCUUUCUGUUCAUUAUUAUUAUUAUAAUAAUAACUAUGAAGGUAGUUGUCAUAGCAUAGUCCGUCAACGUAAGCAAUGCAAUUUUGAUUUUUUUGUUAAAAAGGCAUGCAUUGUGUCCAAAUGUAUAGUGAUACAAAAUAUGAUGUAUUUGAUGUCAUUUUUAUUUAUUAUAUUACUUUGGAAACCGUGAUCAUUUAUAUUGCACCCUUGGAGAGCACUUGCAACACAAAUAAAAAAAAUAUCUUUAAAAA